AUGGCAUUAGAGAAUGAUUUCAAAGAUAGUUGGACCUGCAAAUGUGGAGCCCUCAAUGGAAAACAAGAUAUUCGGACAGCAACGGAUGGUAGAAUUUAUAGGAUUUGUAAUUCAUGCAGUUGUACAAUAGAUGUGUGUAUUCCUGCACAUGAUAUAAUCUCACAUAGAUAUGUCAAUAAAUGUUGUGGUUUACGACGUUCAAUUCCCCGAACAGGCUGUAAUUGUACUGCUUACCAACCUGUUAGAGGAUUUGAAUGUCGUUGUGGACAUCAUGGAUCAAUUCAUCGCAUUGCUAGCAUUCCUUAUAAAACUGGUACAGUGAAUACUAAAGUGAAGAAGAGUGAAUUGAAAGACAGUGGAUUAUCUUUUGAUAUUAAUUCUGUUGACGAUCUCCAAUAA